AUGUAUGCUGUGUCGCGGCGCAUACCCUCUUUGACGCUUCUCAUGUUCGGCAGCACGUUCUCGCCCCCUGAGCUGUUCCCCAACGUCGGCAUGUGGGAUGACCCCCAGGGCGAUGCGUUUGCGCGAGAGCCUCAUAAGCGACAUAUGGGCCUGCGUUGGUCUGUGAUCAUUAUGAGAGAGGCUGUCAUGUCUGCUACCCGUGGUGAAAGCUGUCCCUUCACGAUAAACGACGAAACGAUGCUCUCUGGCCAACCACCGCCCUCGCCCGAGGAGGUGUUCGCAGGCGCGUUCGACGAUGUGCCGUUGUGGGACUUUGGGAGUUUCCUGGUGCUUGUUCGGCCAUUUACCUAUCGGGUCACGCAACUCGCUCUUGAAAGCACGCAAUGGCAGAUGCGCCGCCUCAGCGGGCUCCCAUUCUCCCUGUCCCUCCUAGAAAAAUACCUCGCAAACCUGUCGCCCCUGCAUGCGCUGUUGUCCCUUAUUCAAGCACGGUACUCGGGCUACUUCAGCCCCGACGUGCUCAACGCGCGAUACGACGCCCUGCAGCAGCACACGCCGGACAUGCCGUACGAGGAACGCAACGCGCGGUUCUGGGCCGGGAACCGGAACACGCUGUAUGCGGGGCGGGUGCUCUUAAUGGCGAUGAAGAGCGCGCUCGGGGCAUUGAGCGUGCCUGUGUAUCUGGAUUUGAAGGCUCGGCUGCAGCGCGUAGAAAGUGGAAACCAAUCUUUCUUGGGUGGGCAGCAGCCUGGUCAGACGAAGGGAGGGGACAAUGUGCAGCUGCUCAGGGAGGUGUUUGGGAGGCUGAGGAGGGCGUUGGUGCCGUAUGCGAGGGAGGUUGUGAGUGCUAUCCAGGAGGCGGCCAAUUUGGGAUGGAUUAUGCAUUUAGGGAAUGAACCUAUCAAGGUCUGGUGUGGUCUGGUGUUGGAUUCGGUGCCUAUCGAGGCUGGCGGAGAGGACAUCACGAGGGUGCAGAGGGUGGAGAGCCUGAAGAAGUUACUGAACAUCUUCAAGAUGCUCGCGUGGUCUUGGCCGCGCGUGUUCGACGACCCGCUGGUGCGUGAUGCUCAACAGAUCGUCGAGGAGCAUACUCGGCAUAGCAUAGACGGAUCUUCGUCCGCGGGCGGCGACGUCCCCCGUUUCUCUUUUGGCGAAGGACUGCUCACUUCCUCGUCUGCGCCUCAGUGGCGCGACAUCAACUCCACUCGCCAGUGCGUCGGCAUGCCCCCUCGAGGCUCGAUGGGCACUCCGAACGCAGACGGGUCUGUUACUAUUUGGCCGGCGUUCCUCGUCGCCAUAGACGCGAGACUGGCGGAGUGCCAGUUCCAGCCACUCGGCUCGGCAGCAGAAUCGAGCGUGCUGAGAACGGUACACGACGCAGACUCGAUCCCGGCGAUGCCGUGGCCGCGGCUGCGGAACUGGCAUAGUAUCCCGCCGACGCUUGGGCUCCCGGACGUGCGGCAGGUGGUGGGGGAUAUCGUGGGGCGAUAUUUGAGCGCUGGUGGAGGGCACACGAGCGGGGCGAUGCCGUCAACAGCGCCGCAGGUGACAUCGGUGGCGGCAGAUGCGGUACCGACGAACGACGUCACAUUCUACCCCGCUUCGCUCGACAUGAUGUUCGAUUCCGCUUCUUUGGGGGCUGCGCCAAGCCGCGGCGCUUUCGACAUCACUCAGGCCUCCAACUUCCCCUCUUUCGAUCUUGCCGGGGUUCUUGAUGGCACCUUCUGA